ACACCAGUAACCUCAGAGUUAAACAGCAAUUACCGUAUUUUUGUUGUUACAAACUUAAAAAAGGUCGUAAUAACAGAUGACUGUUGUCUCAUAUACAAAGUAUCGAAAUGAAAUCGGUCACAAAGCACAUUAAACGAUAUUUUAAUGUUAGAACUACAAAUAAAAAUAAACUGAAAACUAAGCCGGAACAUAAAUCUGCCAUUUACGCUUGACAUCUGGGUUCAGGAGUUCACGAAGGGUUAUCUCAAAACCAGAUAUAUCAUAGUGAAACUGUCUCGUAAAGACAGUAUCGCGCACGACAUGAAGAGCGUUGUACUGUUUUUGCUGUCGGUGGCAUGUUGUUUGGCGUGUAGGUUGGAUCCUAGUAUAUACCUGUCCAGAAAAGCGAAAAUACCUGGAGAUGGCGGAUAUGAAAUCAAGAUCAACGAAAAUCCUAAAAAUUAUGUACCUGGGACAAGAUAUACCAUGUACAUCAUCGGUCCAAAGAGCCUGUCGGGUGUGAAGCGCUUUUCAAGAUUCACCGUGAACGUCCAAUCGGAGAAAAAUGACACUGACUACCCUCAAAAUGUUGGAAACUUCCAGUUGUAUGGCGAUAACAGUGCGAGGUUCGAUGAGGAUUGCGUAAAUACUCUCUCAGAGAUUGACUCUGUUCCGAAAUCUGAAGUGUUCUUCAUGUGGUCAGCACCACCACCUGGUUCAGGAUGCGUCACAUUUAGAGCUAUGGUGUACGAAGAUCCUGACCACUGGUACUCAGAGGACGGAAAACUAUUGAAAACAAUCUGCGAACAGACGGAUAAGGACGUCGUUUUGGACGAAAAUGAUUGUUGUGCCUGCGAUGAAGCUAAGUACAAUUUGAUCUUUGAAGGAAUAUGGUCGAACAAGUCUCAUCCGAAAGACUUCCCCAUCUCACUGUGGCUGACCCAUUUUUCUGACGUCAUUGGUGCGUCUCAUGAGAAGAAUUUCAGUUUCUGGGGCGAAGGACAGAUAGCAUCUGAAGGUUUCAGAAGCCUUGCGGAAUGGGGUUCAGUAAGGCUUAUGGAGACAGAACUGAGAGCAAAAAGCAAAUUCUUGAGGACUAUCAUAAAGGCUGCAGGAUUAUGGUACCCUCAUGUAAACACAAACACAUCGACGAAUUUCAGAGUAGAUAGAAGACAUCAUUUGGUAUCACUAGCAUCCAUGUUUGGACCAUCACCCGACUGGGUAGUAGGUGUCAAUAACUUGAACCUUUGUCUCAAAAAUUGCACCUGGAUGGAAAGUCUGACAUUGGAUCUAUAUCCAUAUGAUGCGGGAACCGACAGCGGCAUAUCAUACAUGUCCCCAAAUGCGGAAACUAAUCCCAGAGAACGGAUGUACCGAAUAACCACAACUUACCCUGAAGAUCCCAGGGCGCCAUUCUAUGAUCCCACAAAAAAAGAAAUGCAUCCAUUAGCCAGACUUUAUUUGAAGAGAGAGAAAGUAAUUCCGAAAAACUGCGACGAAAGCUUCCUUAAUGCCCAACUCGACGUUAGUGAAAAUACUGAAGACACUGUUCGACCUGAAUGUGCGGUAUCAGAAUACUCAAGCUGGAGUGCUUGCUCUGUGACAUGUGGGAAAGGUUUAAGGAUGAGGACCAGAGAGUACAGAAUUCCACAAAAAGCUCAAAUGUUCAACUGCAAUCGACAACUUGUUUCGAAAGAGAUGUGCGUAGCAGACGUACCAGAGUGUGAAAGUAAUGGCGAAAAGGAGAAGGAUUCAGAAGAAAUUGAUGCUUUGGAUGAGAACAACGCUUGUUCUACUUACCCUUGGAGUGGAUGGUCCUCAUGUUCAGCCACUUGCGGAGUCGGCUUCAGAAUGCGAACCAGACAAUUUGUCGAUCGCAUGGGCAGAAAGAGAUGUCCUCACGUAUCAACAAUUGAGAAAGAGAAAUGCAUGACCCCAGAAUGUGCUCCAGAACAAACAGAGAGAACAGACGCGCUCUGUCCAACAACGGAAUGGAGCGAUUGGAGUCCCUGUAGUGCUUCUUGUGGAAAAGGUAUAAAAAUUAGGACCAGAUUGCUGCUAGUAGAACCAUCCAUGCAACAGGUCUGCAGCAGCAGAGUAGAGUUGAUGCAGCAGUUGCCUUGCGAAGAUGUGCCUACAUGUAUUGUGGACAUGGGGACUGCCAAAGUGGUAUGCAUGCAAGAUGCAGACCAAGGACCAUGUCAAGGCUACUUCAACAGAUGGUUCUUCGACUCAUCCAAAGUUACCUGCCUUUCUUUUAUCUAUGGAGGCUGCAGAGGCAAUCGGAACAACUUUUUGACAUUCGAGGAAUGCAUGGGUGUCUGCCAAGUAGUUAGAGAUGCCUUAACCGGAAACCUCCAACCCUCCACGCGCAUCCCGCCUUUGAACCAGAACUAUCUCGACGGAACAGUAGACUGCAUGGUAACUGAAUGGUCAGAGUGGAGCCCAUGCAGUGCUAGCUGUGGCAGAGGGAUCAAGGAGCGGUUCAGAAUUAUCAAGAGACCAGCACAAAAUGGCGGCAAGCCAUGUCCUAGAGAGCUUAUAAGAAGAAAGGCGUGCUUUGAGCCCAGAUGUUUCUAAAUAUUUGCUUGUACGUUAGUUGUAGUGAACUUUAAAAUAUAUCUUGAUAUAAACGUUGUUUUU